UGACAUACACAUUUGUCCAGUCAACUUUUGUCCUUCUGAUUGUUAACAUCCAAAUAAAAAUUUCCUCGCGUUACCAUAACAACCGAGAGAAAUAUGCCUCGACUCCGUUCUGAAUCUGGAAUGCCGUCCUUCAGGGAAGUUAGAGAAAUUUUUGUGCUCGGAUUCUGCAAUUUGGUAGUCGGACCAAUCAUUUUUAUCGCCGAAUUCUUUGCCCUGCCUGAAACUGACGUGGAAAACAGCAACAAUGUCACCGACGAGGAGCUAGCACUGGAAUAUGAUGCUCUUUUAUGGGCUUAUAUUUCCAUGAUAUUCUGCUCCUUUGUUUCCGGAUUGUGCGCAAUGUGGGCAGUCACCGUAGUCCGUAACGACUGCUAUUGGGAGAUCAAAUUGGGAAAGGUGGCCACAUUCUUGGCGAAAGCGUUAUUCUUCCAAAAUCUGGCCUUCAUAUUCUACAACCUGGAUCCGCUGGAGUGGAGGACAAAGGGUGGACUCCUCGAGACAUGGGGACAGAUUGAUUUGCUCCCCGGUACAUGUUUAUAUUGUGUCGCGUUGCAAUACUAUUUUGCCAGGCAGAUUGCUCUAUUUGUUAUGGAGGCAGAAAAGUUGGUAAAAACUCGACAAGAUAUUGUAAAGAAGGCGCAGCGAAACAGAGCUAGCAACUGAUUUAUGGAGAAAUUUUGUGUACGUAUUUUCCUCUAAUCGAGCACAUAUUUCGGUUUGAUUGAUAUCGAUAUUUGAUAAAAGUUAGAAGCUUAAGGAUUUAAUUUUAAAUUGUGUGUGUAAUGAUGAUACAUUAUUUAAAAGACCGUCAAUAAGUAUUCUGUGAGACUUAUCAAAAAAUUGUAUACGUACUGCGAAAAUAUUUUAUAAGGAUGGGUCAAAAGUCUGUAUUCGUGUAUUAAUGAAGUAAUUAUUAAAAUAAGUAAUGUAAUUAUUAAGUAUU